UACUAGAAUAUAAACAAUUAAUUUUUAAUGAGACUGUACCUUGGGAAGAAAGAAUGGAUACCUUGAUAUCAUGGUUUCUACAUCCUAUACAUCCAAUAAAUUUUGGAAUAUUAUACAUUGAAGAGCCAGAUUAUCAUGGUCAUGUGAUUGGAAUAAAAGGACCUCAAUGUGAUCAUGGAAUAGCAAGUUAGACAGAAUAAAAGAUUUUACAAACUAUGUUAACAGCUCUGAUUAUAUAUUUUUGGGUACCCCCCCAAGAUUACACAUUUUCUCUAAUUCUGAUUAAACAAUUUUCCGGAUUUAUUCAUAAUUUCGAAGAAUAUGCUGGUAUUCAAAGAAUAAGGAAAAGAAUGGACCAGUAUAGGAAAUCUCUUUUUCAUUGAGGAGAAUUGACACCUUCGAAUGACAUUAGAAAUAUUUCAAUAUAAGCACCAUUGUCGAAGAAUUAGAAGAUUUUCGUAAAAGUGAGCAUAAAAAAGUUUAAAAACAUCUCUCAUCGUGACAGGCAUCUCUCAAUUAGCCGUCAAGUGUGUAAGUAAAAGGGUCGUAAGAUUGAUCGAAUUUGGUUUUUGAUAAUUCUGUGACUACAGAUCAAUCAUUUUUAAGAUCAAUUAAAGUUGCACUUGUCACACAAGUAAACAGUUUUUAUCGUAGAAGUAACUUUUAUGUGAUGUGUUACGUGCAAAAGUGUUUAUUUCUGUUACCAUGUUAUUGGUAUUUUACAGAUUUUAGUACUAGAACUAUCAACAAGUAAUGUACGACUGAGUGUGCUAUAUAAUACAUAAUUGUAAGAGAAGCGACAAAAUGAUGGUAUAAAUAAGUACUUAGAGGGAAGUUGGUGCAACUGUAUCUUAUUUUUCGAAGAAUGGUGAGAAAAAUGACGGAUCGCAAAGUGUUGUUUGCAUGUUUGGUGUUAAUUACUCUCCUGCAUCCAUUAGUUCACAUGGUGUCUGGCGAAGAAUGUACAACACCGAACAAUCAAACAGGCAACUGUCUCAACAUUAAAACAUGUAACCCUCUGCAAGAAAUACUGCAGACACAGGGUCAUACAGCUACCGAUUUUUUGAGCAAAUCACUAUGCAGAUAUGAGGGUCAUGCUCCGAUCGUUUGUUGUCCAAACGAUCCAAACAAGGAGAAGAGAGGGAUUUUAAUAGAAACUGUGUAUAAGUACGUGCCCUUGCGUCCACCAUAUUGUGGUUUCAGCAACGGCGAGCAUACCAGGGUGGUUGAUGGUAAACCAGCUAAGCUUGGUGCUUGGCCGUGGAUCGCUGCAUUAGGUUUUCAUAAUCCCCAAAACCCAGAUACUGAACCAGAAUGGAAGUGCGGAGGUUCCCUGAUAUCGGCUAGGCAUGUUUUGACCGCAGCACAUUGUGCAAUACGCAGUGAUUUGUACGUGGUUCGUAUCGGAGACUUAAAUCUAAAACGAGAUGACGACGGAGCGCAUCCUAUUCAAAUGGGAUUCGAAUCUAAACUAAUACAUCCUGAUUAUACUCCCAAUAUACACAAUCAUGAUAUUGCCAUUCUUAGAUUGGUGGAGGAGGUGCCAUUUUCGAAGUACAUACAUCCCAUUUGUCUCCCCAUAGAGGAGUCCCUACGAAAUAACGACUUCGUGGGCUAUAACCCCCUUGUUGCUGGAUGGGGAGCAUUAAGAUAUAGAGGACCACGAAGUGAUGUAUUAAUGGAAGUACAAGUGCCAGUGGUUAGCAACGCCGAAUGCAAGACAGCUUAUUCCAAAUUUCCUAAUGCACCUAUCACUGAUGGUGUAAUAUGCGCCGGGUAUGCUCAGGGUGGAAAGGAUGCUUGUACGGGUGAUAGCGGCGGACCACUGAUGAUACGACAGCAAUUAACCUUCUACCUAAUAGGUGCUGUGUCUUAUGGUCAUGCGUGUGCUGUAGCUGGAUAUCCUGGUGUUUACACUAGGAUCACGUCGUACCUCGACAACUUCAUUCUCCCAGCCUUGCAAUAAUACGAUUAUUAUUGUUCCAUAAAUAUCAUUUUUCGUGUACGAAAGGUAAAGUUGGCUUUUCUUAUUGUGGAGAUAAGAGGCAGCUCAAAUUUAUAUUGUUUUUUACGUCAAGAAUUAUAGUCUUAAAAUGCAUGAAAUGUAACUUUGAAACUACACUAAUUUUUUACCUACGUUAUACUUGCACCACUUAGAUACGUAAAGAUGAUAAACGAUCAUUAACUAAAUUUCCAUUAAUCAUAUUUAUACUAAUUUUGAUAAUAAUAAACCAACUCUCUGAAGGUUUCUAUAAAUUUUCUUUCUGAUGUAUCAAGAGCCUGAUUAAAUAUUCGACUUAGAACGUAUACUUCUUGUAUGUACAUACAAAAUUUUCCGGCUGAUCUAAAACGCUUCAUAAGAUAGAGAGCUUCUGGAAGUUCGGACACAGAGAGUGCAUAAAAUACAAGAUAAGUCUCGUGUCUUCCAAAACUAUUUUUUAUUCGCUAAAAAUGUUCUGUGUGCUCAUACAAUCACGUGCAACAUCGAAACUUUACUUAUUUUUUUAUCACUUUCCAAUUCAACACAAUGAUUCCACAUUUUUGACUAUAUGUGUAAUAUCAAAAAAAGGGGAGGGUAUGCGCUUGGUCUAUCAUAUAUUUAAGUUUGAGUUUUCUGGGGAUAGUAUAAGUCGUAAAUUUAACAUAUAAACUAAGAAUCGUAAGAGUGCUGGGGAAGAGAGAAAGAGAGAGAGAGAGAGAGAGUGUGUGUGUGUGUGUAAGUAAGAGGGUAUGCCUUGGUGACGUCAAAGCCAAAUGAGUAAUGGAUGGGAGAGAAGGGUGCGAGCGUGGAGGCUCAGCAUUUUUUGACCUGUGAAGACAGACGUUGUGAGCCGAGUGUUAGACGUACGAAGAUAUUGUAGUCAGUUUUUGCAUCGGGUAUUGCUUGUUAAAAUAAAACUAAACUUCACUUCAAAUAGAACAUCCUUUCUUGUACUUACUCUAAACUAUUUAGAUACUACAUAUGUAAGAGAAAUUUCCAUUCAGCCAAAGGUAUACUUACACAUUACAGAUACUUACGAGACAUAAACUCCCAAACUAUUGUGACGAAUAAAAAAUGUCAGCAACACAACUGAUAAACGCUGCUGCAUACUCAACACAACAGCGCAAGAAGUUACAAACUUAAUUAUGGCAACAAAGACAAGUAAAGCACCAGGAUUUGACUUGAUCAAUGGAAAAAUCUUAAAAAACCUUCCCCCAAAGGCAAUAAGACUAACAACGAUAAUAUUAACGCAAUUCUAAGAAUACAGUACUUUCCUGCACUAUGGAAAAUAGCACAAAUCGUAAUGUUACCCAAACCAAACAAAAACCCACAUCUAACUGCAUCCUACAGGUCAAUAUCAUUACUGCCUGCAUUUUCCAAAUUACUAGAAGAAAUAAAAUAUAACGGCCUAAAACCAAGAAUAGUAAAAGAAAAACUAAUACCGGACCAUCAAUUUGGAUUCAGGAAUAAACACUCCACAAUAGAACAAAUGCACAGACUCGUCAAUGAAAUCUUACAGGCGCUGGAAACAAAACAAUAUUGCACGGCACUCUUUAUGGACAUCAAAAAAGCAUUUGACAAAGUUAACCAUGAAAAACUUCUUCAAACAUUCAAAAAGCAAUUUCCAGAACAAAUCUAUAAACUACUCAAAUCUUACUUAAACAAUAGAACCUUUGUAGUAAAAAUAAAUGGUGCAUAUUCUGAAAUUAAGGAUAUCAAGGCAGGAGUACCGCAAGGAAUCGUCCUAGGAUCAAUACUAUACACACUAUAUACGGCAGACAUACCAACAACUGUCAACAGCAAAAUACUAACGUUCGCGGACGAUACGGCCAUACUGGUGAGGCACGCAAAUCCAGAAACGGCAGCCGCACUACUACAAGAACACAUUACAAAAAUAGAAAACACAAACAAAGCAAGUCAAAUAUCUAGGAAUACAUUUAGACACACACCUUACAUGGAAGCAUCACAUAAAAUCAAUAAUAAACAGAAUACGUGAAAAAAGGAAGUAGAUGUACUGGUUAACCAAUAGAAAAUCUAAAUUAAGCACAAUGAAUAAACUAAAUCUAUACAAAACAAUAAUCAAACCAAUCUGGACAUACGGAGUCCUACUAUGGGAGACGGCAGCAAUGAAUCACAUAAAUAAAACAGAAACAAAACAAGCAAAAAUUUUAAGGACAAUAGUUAACGCUCCAUGGUACGUCAGAAAUGAAGACAUACGAAAAGAUUUAAAAAUUCCAACAGUCAAAGAGGAAAUCGCUAGAUAUGCAAAAAAGUAUAAAGAAAGACUUGUAACACACCCAAACUAGCUGGUUGUUGCAACGAAUAAAACCAAAAUAGAAAGAAGACUGAAGAAGAAGCAUCCCGUAGACCUCACAAUAGAAAUAAAAUAAACAGCUUGGAAAAUGGAAUCCCGCUGGGGGUAACCAUCCACAUGUUAUAUUAUUAUACCACUAAGCUAUAAUAUUUUACCAAAUGUCCUACUGAACAAAUUGUAAAAUUUAAAUAAAUAAAUAAAUAAAAAAACAUUCGUUCAGAUAUAUAUGUCGGAGCUGAAAAGACACUGAAGCCUUCCCUUUGGAAUUUUGGGAAAACCCCUUAACAUUUUAACCUAGAUUCUACCAUAGCCGAUAUUGUCGUCAUUCAAUCCGAUUGUAUUUAUUCGAGAUUUGUGAUAUUGAGCUUAACAUUUAUUUAGUAUUUCAGGUAGAAUUUUAAUUCAGGAAAAGAAUGAAUUUCUGUAUGAAAAUUAAAAAGACAGAAUUUCAAUUUAGUUCGAAAGCUUCAGUGUUAAAUACUUCUAUGUUCCGUCCUUGGAUUAAUUUGACCUUAACUAAGACCUAAUAAUUACAUUAAUGUGCGUAAAUGCUUGAAAAUGCUAUAUAAUAGUAUCAGCUUCUUUUAAAAAAAUUUUAUAGUAAAAUCUUUAUAAAUUUGUAAUAUUUUUUAGACAAUUUGAAUUCAUUAUAUUAUACAUCAUACAUUGUAGUCAUUUCUAAUUAAGUUACUUUUGCGAUGUUUAAUUUUAUUUUAUGUAUAUUCUUAUAACUCUCUAUGUUACGGCGUGUACGAUGGUCCGUGCGCUGUCUGAAACUUUAUACUAUAUACUGAUCUACUAUAUACUAUGUACUAUAAACUGAAUCCUUUGACGUAAUCUUAAAGCUUGAAGGAAUCUCUAACCCUGUAAGUAUUUUCGGAUUAUGGAUAGUCCUUAGAACAAUCCUUAGGUUUAUUGUGCACUCUUACAAAUUACGGAGAAAGCGGGUAGUUAUUUUUCCAAUAAACAAUGUCACCCACGAACCACGUUGGUAGGAGGCUUCCUCCUCCUAUCUUCAUUCAUUAACGUUGGCUAUAACCAAUGGGCACCCUCACUUUCCUAAUGAAAAGUAUGAACAACGAAUCCGUGUUCUUCGUUCAGAAAGCACGCCCACACCGAGAUUUCCUCUCGUGGCGGCACACGAGAACGCAAAUGUCACCACUUGAUACCAACUAGUGUCGGACGACGGCGGCGCAGUGGUUAGCGCCUUAGAGUACAAACGUUCGGAUCCCGGGUUCAAAUCCCGGCGCCUCGUACUUUUCCGAAGUCCGAUUUUUCUUCUACGACAUCUAAAUAAGAAGAAAAUACAGCAGUAUACACCCCGACAAGCGAUAUCUACAGCCAGCAGCUACAAUUAUCACGGAUAUAUGAAAGAAGAUGGAGAAAAAGAAAAAAAAAGUGUGUUUCGUCCAGAGCCUGCUAGUGGACUCAUCAGUAAGGUUACCCAGCAGGCUCAUGCCUUAGACACAACAAGAGAAAAUAUAGCGUGCGUGUUUCGUCCUAGGCUGCUAGUGGCGGACUCCUCAGUAAGGCUCUCACCUAGCAGACCUAUACCUUAGACACUCGGAUAAGAAAAGUUGUGUUGGAAGUUAUAUUUAUUGAAACAAACAGUGUCAAUGUGACCACUAGUGAGAAAGCAUUAACAUCGCUAGCCCUGUGUUGAUAUCGAUGGCCCUCUGGUGACAAGCGUAAGACGUAUUCUACAAACGUGUAAUUUAAACUAAAUCAUUGUGAUGAGUUAUAAAUAGAUUGUACAUUUAUAGUGAAUUUGAAAGUGUAGAAAUGCACAGAUUGCAUAGAAUAAUGUGCAAAGAUAUCGAAAAUAUUGAAAGUAAAGUUUCUGCUAUAAUGUUAAAGAUUAACAUAAUAAAUGAGUUGUGAUACUUAAUUGUAUUGAACGAAAGAAAUUUCUAUUUAAGUUCAAUUUCCAUAAUUGUAUUUCUGUAAUAGUGUUAAAUAAAGCUACGAAUUUAUAUAAACAUCCACGCUCUAAUCAUAAUAGAGUAUCUAAUAUAAACAAAAUUAGAAGAGUAUGAAACAGAAUAUCGGACGUUAGUGAAUUCCUGUUUACAUAUCGUUAACACGAUAUGUUUCAAAGGAAAAAAACUAAAGAAAGAAAUGCACGCUGUAAUGUUUCUAGCCUGAUGUUUUCUUUCUUU